UGAGAGGUUGGAGAGAGAAAGAGAGAGGGAAAUGCAGGCUGCAGGUCUGGAUGUUUGUGGGAACAUUGUGGGCCGAGGAGCAAAUGAGAAGAACAGCGUUGGCAUGAACCAACACCAGCACAGAGAGAUGGCAGCUGCCAGAACUGACAGUGAGAACAAUCCAGCCAGCCAUAACCCUCCAAACCACAACCCACCCAAGAUCCUGCCAGUGUCGGGAAAACUGGAGCAGGCGAUGCAGAACAACUCAGGCCUUGUUCGACCCUCUGCCUUCAAGCCGGUGGUUCCCAAGAGCUUCCACUCCAUGCAGAACCUGGUGGGCCAGGCAGGAGGGGCUGGGAGCGAGGGCAAGACUGAGGCGAGGAGUGAAGGGUUCAGUGAGAGCAGAGGAGGCAGGAGAGGCAGGGACGGAGGAGGAGGAGAAUCAGGAGAGGUCCCAGAGGCCCUGCUCCUGGACCAGGACAGUCCAGUGAGGGUCAGCAGAAGUGAGGGCGGGGGAAAUGGUAAUGAGGUGGUUCAGGGAGGGAUGUCCGAUUCAGGGAGAAACUCCCUGACCAGCCUGCCCACCUACACGGGGUCGGGUUCUGGUUGUGGGCCCCCAGCAGUCCUGGGGCCUCUCAGUGCUUCCACCAGCCACAUCAAUAGGUUGGGCAUGGCUGGGGCAGCCGCAGGCCUGGACAAGCUGGAAAAGCCUGGCUACCAGAACGGGCUCAGCGCCUCUGACAGUGGCCGGUCCUCCUCGGGAAAGAGCUCCUCAUCCUAUCAGAGGCUGAGCCACCUGAGUGAUGCCCCAGCACCUCUACGCCCCUCUCCCUCCUCUGACGACAUCAUCCAGGACCUCGAGGACCGCUUGUGGGAAAAAGAACAAGAGGUGCAGCAUAUGCGCAGAAACCUGGACCAAAGUGAGGCAGCAAUCAUUCAGGUGUUUGAGGAGAAGCAGCGUGUCUGGGAGCGACAGAUGGACGAGCUGAGACAGAACUAUGCUUCACGCUUGCAGCAGGUUACACGUCGUGCUCAGCGCUCCCAGACUGCCCUUCAAGCCCAGAUAACCCGUCUGUCCCAGGACAAGAGGAGGCUCCAGGAGGAGAUGGCAGCUCUGUUGGCCCAGAGAGAGGAGCUGGAGCGAAAGUGUCUGGAUUACAGGAAGGAGCAAGCUGACAUCUUGCCUCGUCUGGAGGAGACUAAGUGGGAGGUGUGUCAGAAGGCAGGAGAGAUCUCACUGCUGAAGCAGCAGCUGAGGGAGAGUCAGGCCGAAGUGACCCAGCGAGCUGGAGAGAUGGUGGCCCUGAGAGGCCAGCUGAAGGAGCUCAAUGCCCAGCUGAGGGAGCGGGAGGAAGCCAUGCUGGGCCUGAAGGACUCCUAUAGCACCAAGAGUCUGGAGCUGGAGAAGUGUGAGGGAGAGCUGAGGAGGACUCUGUCAGAGGUGUCCAUCCUCAGAGAGAAGCUUGGUGUAUUUGAGGCAGAGGUGCUUAGUUUAAAGCGAGCUCUGAGUGAAGUAAGCAGAGGAGCAGAAGUUGUGGUGAGCCCUAACCUAGCUGCUGCAGGACUUUUGCCUCCCUGGGGAAUUGUCCACUGCCCACGUAACCCCACUGAACCCUCAACCAACUCCCUCACCCCCACCUCUGACACACUGCUGAGUCUUCAGAGUGAUGAAGCCAAAGCCCAAAGGCAGGAGGCUCAGAGACAGGAGAGGCAGCAACGCGAAGAAGCUCAAUGGCGUGAUGUGCAGCAGCGGCAAGAUGCCCACUUGCAGCAGGACAUCCAAAUGCGUCCGGAUGUCCAAAUUCGGCCUGAGGCCCAACUACGCCAGGAGGCCCAGCUUCGUCAGGAGGCUCACCUCCGCCAUGAAGCGCAAAUCCGUCAAGAGGCCCAACUACGCCAAGAAGCACAGCUGCGUCAAGAGGCACAGCUCCGUCAGGAGGCCCAGCUUCGCCAGGAGGCCCAGCUCCGCCAUGAGGCCCAAAUGCGUCAAGAGGCCCAGCUACGUCAUGAGGCUCAACUCUGCCAGGACGUGCAACUGCGUCAGGAUGCCCAUCAACCACAGCGGGUCCAGGAGGGUCACUGGGAUGAAGCAGGGGAGCUGCGCAGGCAGUUAGAGCAGCUGCAGGCUGCAUUACGCCUGGAGCGGCAGCAAAGGGAACGCCAGGCCCUCAACUUUGACCAAGAGCGACACACCUGGCAGGACGAGAAGGAACGGGUUUUGAAAUACCAGGCACAGCUGCAGCUCAGCUAUGUGGAAACACUGCAGAAAAACCAAGCUUUGGAAAAACGUAUGAGCCAGUUGGGAGCCAAACCAACCACAACCUCCACCACCACCACUAUUACAACUACCACCACCACCUCCCCCACCUCCUCCAGUUCUCCACCUCCACCACCACCAGCCCUCUCACCUCUGUCUCCUCAGCCCCCACCCUCUAUUCCUGGCCCCAUCGCCCUCACCCUCUCCCCACCUUGUGAAGACCAGAAGGGCCCUCCUUCUCUCCACCAGCUUGCCCCUCCCUGGGCAGGACCCUCACGCCUGGAGAGGAUAGAGUCCACUGAGAUAUAGAGACAGUACCAUGAAACGGUUACAAAUUACCCAGUUUAAUACACACACAGUGACAAGACCUCUCACACAAAACCACUUCAGCAUACAGUAAAAAAAUAUUUCAGUCUACAAUAGAAUAAAUCUGUACAGUCUGACAUACUUUUCAAAGGAACUAUAGACACUAAACAGCAACAAAAGCCGACUGUAAAAUCCAACUUUAUCAGUAACAAACAGGAAAAUGAAUCACAUUGAACAUCUCAAUGAUUUUUAAAUUUCCAAAGCAGCCUUUCUCUCACUAGUUGCACACGACUACAUC